CAUAAAUGUGUGGAGAAGUACAAUAAAAUAAAAACUUGUUGGAGAAAAUCAAUCUUCAUCUGAAUCUUGAAAAAAAAUUGUGAGUGCUUGUGCACAAAAAUGAAAUUUUCAAAUUUUGUGUUGAUUUUGGUUGGAUCCAGUGGAAUUGUUUCCUCGGAAAAAUAUUGCACAAUGUCAGCAUCCAGAAUCAGUUGCACUUACGACCCCAAAGGAGAAUCAUCUCUAUCCAUUCAGAUGACAGACAUCAAAGCGCUAGAUUUAUCUGGAACUGAAAUUCACGAGGUCAGGUCAUAUGUGGAAGACUACGUGAACCUCGAAGAUUUGAACCUUUCCAGUUGCAGAAUAAAAAGUUUGGGGAAAGGGACGUUCGCCCAACUCUCGAAACUCAUCAAACUGAAUCUGUCCGACAAUCUGAUCACAAGUUUCGACGGGAACUCCUUCGAUAAACCCAACGUCCUGAAUAUACUGAUUUUAUCGGAUAAUCUUCUGAAUAGCUUGAGCGAACUGCAUUUGGACGCGUUUCCGAAGCUAAAUGUGCUGGACGUUUCAGGAAAUCAGUUGAAAUACCUCACCGGUGACGUUAUUGAAAAAAUUAGACGAAAUCCCACCUUCUCACUUUACGCUGCUAAUAAUCCUUGGAAUUGCAGCAUAUCACAUUGGAUGAACUUCCUGGAAACAAAUGAAGACUUGAAGAAUAAGUUUUGCCAUUCAAACUCCAACUCUUUUUUGGGGAAGAUCAAAUAUAAGGAAGGUAAAAGGAGAGGUGAUUUAGGAAAUAGUAUUAUACGAGAAAGUUGUGGCUUCUUCAAAUGCAAGUGGUGGAUUAUUGGGUCUCUUUGGAUUGGGGUAAUCUUGGGAAACGUGAACAAGUUGAAUAAGCUGUUGUAUCAAUCUAGGUGCAGAAAGAAGAAAGCAUUUGAAAAAUCAGUUGGGACCGAAGCAGAAAUUCACCAUUCAUUACGAGAUAGGGUUGUACCGACUGUUGAAGAAAUGAUAGCGAAAUCAAGGACUUAAGGAGAAUAAUUUAGUUCUUAUAAGUUUUCAAUACCAAUUUCCCUCAAUUUCUUUCAAAUCAAAUGACUUUAUCUUUUUGUAUAUGUUAAGAGUUAUAAUGAUAUUGUAAGAAUUAAAUAGAUUU